UCCCCUUCUAUAAAACGCCGGAACAACAAACGCUCUUCUGCGCCAAUUUCCGAUCUUUGGGAGAAGCGUCUUCAUAAACGCUACUCUGCCUCUUUCUGCUUUCUUCUCCGUUCCCCCUUCUCUUUUUCCACUUCUAAGUUAUAACCCUAAACCAAAGCCAAAAUGAGAGAGUGCAUCUCCGUCCACAUUGGUCAGGCCGGUAUUCAGGUCGGCAAUGCCUGCUGGGAGCUUUACUGCUUGGAGCAUGGCAUUCAGCCCGAUGGACAGAUGCCAAGUGACAAGACCGUUGGUGGGGGUGAUGACGCCUUCAACACCUUCUUCAGUGAGACUGGCGCUGGGAAGCAUGUACCUCGUGCCGUUUUUGUAGAUCUUGAGCCAACAGUCAUUGAUGAAGUCAGGACUGGGGCGUACCGCCAACUAUUCCAUCCUGAGCAGCUCAUCAGUGGCAAGGAAGAUGCAGCCAACAACUUUGCUCGUGGCCAUUAUACGAUUGGUAAAGAGAUUGUUGAUCUCUGCUUGGAUCGUAUCAGAAAGCUUGCGGACAAUUGCACUGGUCUUCAAGGUUUCCUUGUUUUCAAUGCUGUGGGUGGAGGAACGGGUUCUGGUCUUGGAUCCCUCCUGCUGGAACGUCUAUCCGUGGACUACGGAAAGAAAUCCAAGCUUGGAUUUACUGUUUACCCCUCACCACAGGUUUCAACAUCUGUCGUUGAGCCUUACAACAGUGUCCUUUCAACCCAUUCGCUUUUGGAGCACACCGAUGUUGCUGUGCUACUUGAUAACGAGGCCAUCUAUGAUAUCUGUCGGCGCUCCCUUGACAUUGAUCGCCCCACCUACCAGAACCUCAAUCGCUUGAUUUCUCAGGUGAUUUCAUCUCUGACUGCAUCUCUGAGGUUUGAUGGUGCUCUGAAUGUGGACGUCACUGAAUUCCAGACUAAUCUGGUCCCAUACCCCAGGAUUCACUUCAUGCUUUCAUCUUAUGCUCCUGUGAUCUCGGCUGAGAAGGCCUACCACGAGCAACUCUCUGUUGCAGAGAUCACCAACAGCGCAUUUGAGCCCUCAUCCAUGAUGGCCAAGUGUGAUCCCCGCCAUGGAAAAUACAUGGCCUGUUGUCUGAUGUACAGAGGAGAUGUGGUUCCAAAGGAUGUGAACGCAGCCGUGGCUACCAUCAAGACCAAACGAACCAUCCAAUUUGUCGACUGGUGCCCAACAGGAUUCAAGUGUGGUAUCAACUACCAGCCACCUACUGUUGUGCCAGGCGGCGAUCUGGCUAAGGUUCAGAGAGCUGUAUGCAUGAUCUCCAACUCCACAAGUGUUGCCGAGGUCUUCUCUCGAAUUGACCACAAAUUUGAUCUCAUGUAUGCGAAGAGGGCUUUCGUGCACUGGUACGUGGGUGAGGGUAUGGAAGAAGGUGAGUUCUCUGAGGCCAGGGAGGACCUUGCAGCCUUGGAGAAGGACUACGAGGAGGUCGGUGCUGAGGCCGGUGACGACGAAGAUGGUGAUGAGGGAGAAGACUACUAAGUUGCAUCACAGUUCCCCGUUCACCUAUUAUCCCUGGUGGUGUUGCUAUAUGUUGUAAUAGCCAUGUGCUUUCACUUGCAAUUGACUAUAUCUGCGAAUGUGUCCUCUCGAGUGAUGCAGCUCAUCGGCGGCUGUAUUGCUUUUAUGCUAUAUCCCUAUUUUAGUGUUGUGUUGUAUGAAUAAAGUUUUUUAUCCAGAAACUGAAUGUUUUUUUUUUCUUAUUUCAAGCCAUUUGAUUGACAUCAUAAAUAAGCCUUCA